AUGCCUCUCCUCGGCGGAAAAGGCAACAAGUUCAAGGUCGACCCGCCCAAGAUCCGCAUCGAAAAAGUCACGGUCGAGCGACCUGCUCCGAAACCCAAGCCCAAGCCACAAGCCGCCCUCUCGAAAGCCUCGUCGUCAUCGUCGCGCUCCCCGUCCCUCCACCGUUCCUCGCCCAAGCCCGCCACCACACCGCGUCAGAAGAGCCACUCGCCUUACCCCUCGUCGUCGGACGAGCGCCGCCUCGAGCGCAAGCGCAAGGCCGGCACCACCCCGAUCCGCAGAUCCCCCGUCGUCGAGCGCGUCACCUUUGACAAGGACAGCGACAACGAGGAUGAUGGAGGCUGGAUGAGCCUCGACACCCGCAAGCGCCCGCGCAAGGGCCAGGAGCAGGACAUGGCCGACCUCAACCGCCAGCUGCGCGACAUUGACGCCUACGAGGAGCCCGAGGCUGGUCUCAAGUUUGUGCACGCCGUCGACGUCGCCUCGCUAGAGACCAAGUGCGUCCCGGUCAUGGGGGCUCAAAAAGAGGAUGUUGCAAUAGAAAUGCAAUAUCCCAGCCCUCAACCACGCGAAAAAUUCGAAUUGGUCUGGGGCAAAGACAAGAUUGACGCGGUGCAGGCUAGCAUCCGUAUCGUGCAACUUGUGGCCGAGACGUACCUCACAGAAGGCGAAGCUGAGCCCUUUACCAACCAGAAUGGGGGCAUCAUUCGAAGACUCGAAAAGGCCUCCAACAGAAACAUCCAGGAUCUAACCGGCUUCAAAGCCGCCAUCCACGAGUACAACCAGACCCUCCAAAACCUCGUCGAGGACGGCAUCAUCGCCAAGAACCUCGACAGGCUGCACGAACUACCCGCCCACCUCGUCGCCUUUAUCCUCGAUCAAAUAUACGACCGAACCGUCGCUCCGCACGUGGAGCUCCUCUCCAAGUACGAAAACGGCACCGACUAUGUGUACGGCGAGCUGCUACACCCGUUUGUCACCAAGCUGCUGGUCGAGCAGCUAAAGAUGACAUCCGACCAAGUCUUUGUCGACCUCGGCUCCGGCGUUGGCAACGUGGUGCUGCAGGCCGCGCUGGAAAUUGGCUGCGAGAGCGUCGGCUGCGAGAUGAUGGACAAUGCCUGCAAGCUGGCCGACGCCCAAAACCGCGAAUUCAGGGCGCGCUGCAAGCUCUGGGGCAUCCUCCCCGGCAAGACGCACCUAGAGCAGGGUGACUUUCGCAAGAAUCUGGUGAUACAUGACGCCCUGAAGCGGGCGGACGUUGUGCUCGUCAAUAAUAAAGCGUUUACGUCGCAGCUCAACGACGACCUGGUGCGCAUGUUUCUGGACCUGAAGAGCGGGUGCAAAAUCAUCUCGCUAAGGUCCUUUGUGACGGACGGCCACAGCAGCCACAACAUCAACGACGUCGGCAGCACGAUAUUGGACGUGGAGGAGUGCGCAUACCCCGAGGGAUACGUCAGCUGGACCAAUGCCGGAGGGCCGUAUUACAUUUCCACACGAAAAUAG